CACGCAGGGCGGACGCGCCGGGGGUAGCCCCCGCCCCUCCUGAUGGUUAGCGUCACGCGUGACGUUACACGUGAUGGGUGGGAAGGCGGGGGUGAAGCGCGGAGAGCUGCAGAGGCCAGGAGCCCAGGAAAAUAAAAUGGGUGAGUUGCCUCUAGAUAUCAACAUCCAGGAACCUCGCUGGGAUCAAAGCACUUUCCUGGGCAGAGCCCGGCACUUCUUCACUGUUACUGACCCCCGAAAUCUGCUGCUGUCUGGGGCACAGCUGGAAGCUUCCCGGAACAUCGUGCAGAACUACAGGGCUGGCGUGGUGAUUCCAGGGCUCACCGAAGACCAGCUGUGGAGGGCCAAGUAUGUGUACGACUCUGCCUUCCAUCCCGACACGGGGGAGAAGGUGGUCCUGAUUGGCCGCAUGUCAGCCCAGGUGCCCAUGAACAUGACCAUCACCGGCUGCAUGCUCACCUUCUAUAGGAAGACCCCAACUGUGGUGUUCUGGCAGUGGGUGAACCAGUCCUUCAAUGCCAUCGUUAACUACUCCAACCGCAGUGGCGAUGCUCCCAUCACGGUGGGGCAGCUGGGAACAGCUUACGUGAGCGCCACCACCGGGGCUGUGGCCACGGCCCUGGGACUCAAAUCCCUCACCAAGCACCUGCCCCCCCUGAUUGGCAGAUUUGUGCCCUUUGCAGCUGUGGCAGCUGCAAAUUGCAUCAACAUCCCUCUGAUGAGGCAGAGGGAGCUGCAGGUGGGCAUCCCCGUGACUGAUGAGGCGGGCCAGAAGCUUGGCCAGUCAGUGACUGCGGCCAAACAGGGAAUAUUCCAGGUGGUGAUAUCGAGAAUCGGCAUGGCGAUUCCUGCCAUGGCCAUUCCCCCUGUGAUCAUGAACACUUUGGAGAAGAAAGACUUCCUGAAGCGCCGCCCCUGGCUGGGGGCGCCCCUGCAGGUGGGACUGGUGGGCUUCUGCCUGGUAUUUGCCACCCCCCUGUGUUGUGCCCUGUUCCCCCAGAGAAGCUCCAUACACGUGAGCAGGCUGGAGCCAGAGCUGAGAGCACAGAUCCGUCAGCAAAACCCCAGCAUCGAAGUGGUCUACUACAACAAGGGGCUCUGAAGGAGAGUCAGCCCUGGCCCUCCCUCAUCUCCUUGGGCUGCUGCAUUUCUGGAGCCUUGCCAUCCUGCCACUUUCUCUUCUGCCUGAUAUUAAGCAAGGGGCUUGGUGGGGAGCAGCCAUUGAGACCAGCAAUCCACUAGGCUGGGAAAGGUACCUAAUAAGUCUUUUUCUCUCCUCUCUGAUUCCAAAGAGCAGGUUCACAUAACCCCUUUCUGCUGCACUAGUGUGUCUUCGUAUAUGCACAUGUGAUAUGUGUGUACACGCUGUCCUGGAAGCUAGGAGCAGACAUGCUGUCCUGGGAUGUCCUGGUCUGGCUUCUCCUCUUGGCCUCCUGCCACCAGCCAGCCAGCCAGGCUAUGGGACUUAGACAGUUCCACUGGCCAAGUCAUUUCUCACAGCACCUCACUCCUUCUGGACAUAGGAGAAGCCCCAGGAUCUCAGGACAGACUGAGGGACAUUAGCAAACCAAACUAACUGGGUUGAAUCCUCCAGGUUUCUGCUUCCUGGCUCCCAAAGCUGACUCGGGAACUGGGCUGGCAGAGGAAGACCUGCCAGGCUCAGGGAGGCAGGGGGCUUAUACUAUCCCCACAUCCUGGAAUAGAUCACUUCCUCUCUGCUGCUCUACCAGAACAAAGGAAUGCCAGCAUCCUGUACUGUUCUUGCCAGCUUCCCUUCCCCCCUCCGCUGCAGUGUGGCCAUCUUCGGGCAUAAUGCUGGGAGUUCUUGGUCCCCUCUACAUUAUAACCUCAAAUCUAAACCUACAACCCCAACCCUCUCCCAAACCCUCAACCAAAAAGUCACCAAGGCAGAGAAGCAUUCCAGAGCUCCCAUCGCACCUUCUUACAGAGGGACACGGCUGUGGGAAGUGCUUAAACUCCACAGGUAUCUGAAUGGGUGUAACUAGUACACUCUCAAGGGCAACUAAGGCCACAAGCGUACGAUCUUAAGACAGGGAAUUUUGUGUUCCUUUGACCCUUGUUAGACAUUCAGUAGGACCCCCCCACCUUAGCUCCUUUUCUUUCUGAAGGCUUGGCCCUGCUCCCACCCAUAAUUCCCAAGAGGAGGAGGGGCCCAAGCAUCAAUGGCUAGUCCAAGGGUGAAGUGGGCUUGGGGGUGGGGUAUGUGCUAGGUGCUAGUGAACUAAGAGUACAGAGUUGGAUCUUGACUCCCACUCCCAUGACCUCUGGUGAAGUGGUAGGGUGAAGGCCCCAGCAGGAUCCUCUAAGAGCAUUUUCCUGCUCCCCCAACCAGCUGCCACCAAUAACAAAAGCUAUGAUGCUGUUGUUACUCAAUAAACUGAAAACUUGUAUACUU